CGUUCACAUGAUUGACAUUUCCCAGUCACAUGGCCAGACCCUGCGGUUAGCAUCCUUCGGUCAGCAGAUAAGACCGUCCCAUGCCCUCACCUGACUGGGUGUACAAGGAUGAAGAAGAUCAGUCUGACGACGAUCAGAAAGUCACUUAACAUAAAGGGCAAAGAAGAUGGGGAUUUCGUCAUGCUUCAGCAGCCAUCUUUAGCGGCCGAGUUCACCAAGGGUGACUCUCUCUUCGGAGGCUGUUACACCAAGGGGCUGGUAGGUUGCGAUCUUAAUGGGGAGGAUGAGAAGGGUCAUAAGAACCGAUCGAAAAGCGAGAGUCUUAUGGGCACUCUAAAGAGGAGACUGUCUACCAAACAGAAAGCAAAAGUCAAAGGAGGCUCCACUGCAGUGGGCUCUGGAGAUGAUGAUGACACCUUCUCUUCCUCGUCGGUCCCGAUAAGCUUUAAUGAAGUCAAAGCCCAGCGGCCCUUAAGGUCCUCGUCCCUCCGAAGCCAUCAUUACAGCCCUUCUCCGUGGCCUUUCCGGCCCAUCGGCUCCGAAGAGGCUUGCAUCAAGAUGGAGGUGAAGGUCAAAGCUAUGGUCCACUCCCCCAAUCCCAGUCCCUCCCUCAAUGGCAUCAGAAAGGAGUUCCAUGACAUCCAUUUAGAAGGUCUGUUCCAGGAUCAGAGCGAGUCUUUGAAGGACAUGGAGACUCAGAGUGGCAACUUGCAUUUGAACAUUGAGGAUCAC